UUAUUUGUUUAUAACCUUAAUAUUUUAUUUAUUAAAUGGAUGACUCGGAGUUGAGCUCAUCUGAGCUGGGUACCCAGUCGUACUGGCAGCAGGCAUACACAAAAGAAAUAAAAAAUUUCGAGGAGCACGGGGAUCCCGGAGACGUGUGGUUUGGUGAGGACAGCGCUUACAGAGUCGUGGACUGGAUAUGUAGAAACGUUGAGGAUAAGAAUACCUCUAUUAUAGAUUUAGGAUGUGGAAAUGGCUACUCACUGUGCGAGUUGGCACGGGAAGGCUUCACUAAGCUGCUGGGCGUAGAUUACUGUUCAGAAGCCAUCACCCUCGCCGAGAAGGUGUCUAAGAGGGAGUUCCCGAUUAUUGACUUUAAGGUAUUCGACAUAACAGAAGACCCCGUGUCCCAAGUAGGCACAUUUGGCGUUGUACACGACAAAGGCACAUACGACGCCGUGAGUCUACAUCCAGAGAACGCCGAGGAGCGACGACAGAAGUACAUAGACCAGGUGGCGGACAUGAUGGCACCUGACGGUAUAUUCGUAAUAACUUCAUGCAACUGGACGGAAGAGGAACUAGCAACCCAGUUCUCACACCGGCUCAAAGCGAAGUGUGUCAUACCCACCCCCCAGUUUAAGUUCGGCGGCAAAGUGGGAGGGGUGGUGUCGUCCGUUGUUUUUGUACAUAAGGAUAGUAAAUAG